UGUCAAUUUAACCUCACAUAACCUACAAAUUACAUGAUUUUUUCGAAAUUAAAGUCCAUUUAUUACUAACAUGAUUAAAUCAACUAUUUUGAAAUUCUCUAGUCAAAAAUCUUGUGUAAGCUACAUUUUAAGGCAUUAUACUAAUAGAAAUGUAUUAAAAUUAAGUGAAAGAGGAUUGUUUCAAGAUAUAUUUCCUGAAGAAGCGGUAACACAAGCUCGGGACACACUAAAUACAGAACCUCAAUGUAUGUAUGCCGGUUUUGAUCCAACAGCCGACAGCCUGCAUGUUGGAAAUCUUUUAGUUAUAAUUGGUCUUCUUCAGUGGCAAAGAGCUGGACAUGUGCCUAUAGCUUUAAUUGGUGGAGCAACUGGACAAAUUGGAGAUCCAAGUGGUCGAACAUCUAAACGUUCUGAUAUAUCAGCAAAUGAUAUAAGCAUUAAUGCAAAUAAUAUUCAAGAAAAUAUCGAAAGAAUAUUUAGAAAUCAUGAAGAAAUAUUAUGGAAUAGAAGAGGCUAUAAAGGAAAAUUAGCACCUUUGAAAGUUGUCAAUAAUGAAUCAUGGUAUAGAGGAAUGGAUGCUAUUGAAUUUGCUGGGACAGUUGGACGCCACUUCAGAAUGGGCACCAUGUUGUCGAGGAGCUCAGUGCAAACUCGGUUAAAAGAUGCGGGAAUGAGUUUUACCGAAUUUACAUAUCAAAUAUUUCAAGCAUAUGACUGGUUGCAUUUGUAUCAAAAUUACAAUUGUCGAUUUCAGCUUGGUGGUAGUGAUCAAAUGGGUAACAUAAUGUCCGGACAUGAAUUAAUUAGUAGAGUUACUAAUAAACCAGUAUAUGGAAUUACAAUGCCAUUGAUUACAUCAGAAGAAGGUGAUAAAUUUGGUAAAUCUAGUGGAAAUGCAGUGUGGUUAAAUGAAGAAAAAUCAUCUCCAUUUAGUUUAUAUCAGUUUUUUGUACGUGUGAAGGAUAGUGAGGUUGAACAGUUACUAAAACUUUUUACAUUCGAUAGUCUAGGUGAAAUAGAACAACUGAUGUCAAAGCACAUUAAGAGUCCAGAGCACAGAAUUGCACAGAAGAAAUUAGCAGAUGAUGUUACACUACUUGUUCAUGGAGAAAAAGGUCUCUUAAAAGCUCAACAGACCUCUGCUGCUCUGUAUCAGCGUGACGUUAAGUCUCUUGGUUCAUUAAAAAUAGAAGAAUUAGAAGAAUUAUUUAAAGGGGCAAAUGUCGUUGAAAUAUUACCAUCCCCUGGAAUGAAUCUCAUGGAAUUAGCUCUGAGAGCUCAUUGCUUUCCAACAGAAGCUGAUGCUGUGAGAAUAAUUCAAGCUGGUGGAUUUUAUAUUAACCACAAUAGAUGCACAAAUAUUGCUGAAGGUUUGAGUCCAGUUCAUAUUUUGCCAAACAAUGUUACAAUAUUGAGAGUUGGGAAAAGAAAUUACUGUAUUGUCAAAUGGCUGAAAUGAUCACAAAUAAAAAAAAAAUUAUAUAGCUAAUAAACAUUUUAUAUUACCACAUUUCAAACGGCGGGUCAUGUAAUAAUGUGUGCAAGAGGUUAAUGAAAGAUUGCAAUGUUGUGCAACAGGGAUCCUGAGAUGUUAUUUUCUGUCGUUAUU